GCUUGAUUAGAAGCAUAGAAGCUCAUAAAAAGAAUAUCCCAAAACGAGAGCAAAGUAGAGAUAAAAAAGAAAACAAUGGAAGUAGCACAGGUUCUGCACAUGAACGGGGGUGUUGGAGACGCAAGCUAUGCAAACAACUCUCUUGUUCAGCAAAAGGCGAUUUCUUUGGCAAAGCCGAUACGAGAGGAAGCCAUAACUAGCCUGUAUUGCAGUAGACUCCCGAGAAGUUUGGCAAUUGCAGAUUUGGGUUGCUCUUCUGGACCAAACACUUUGUUUGUUGUGUCUGAAGUCAUCAAGACCGUGGAGCAGCUUUGUCGUAAGCUGAACCAUAAAUCUCCAGAGUACAGGGUGUUUCUGAAUGAUCUACCCGGAAAUGACUUCAACAACAUCUUUAUGUCCAUUCACAGCUUUAAAGAGAAAUUGCAAACAGAAGUGGAAGGUGGGAUUGGUCCAUGCUACUUCUCUGGGGUUCCAGGAUCUUUCUAUGCCCGGGCUUUCCCAAAUCAAAGUUUGCAUUUUGUUCAUUCCUCUUACAGCCUUCAAUGGCUAUCUAAGGUUCCUGAGGGUGUAGACAACAACAAGGGCAACAUUUACCUAAGCAGAACAAGCCCAUCAAAUGUUGUAAGAGCUUACUAUGAACAAUUUCAAAGAGAUUUCAGUUUUUUUCUCAAGUGUCGAGCAGAGGAACUAGUUGAAGGAGGCCGUAUGGUUCUGACAAUUUUGGGGAGAAGAAACGAGGAUCCAUGUAGCAAGGAUGGUUGCUACAUUUGGGAGCUUAUGGCUACUGCUCUUAAUGAUAUGGUUUCGGAGGGAAUCAUAAAGGAAGAGCAAGUGGAUAGUUUUAACAUCCCGCAAUACACUCCAUCACCUUCUGAAGUGAAAUUGGAAGUUCUUAAAGAAGGAUCAUUUGCCAUGAAUCGUGUGGAAGUUUCUGCAGUGAACUGGAAUGGUUUUGAUGAUUGGAAUGCUCUUGAUUUUGAGUCUGAAAGGUUUGAAUCGAUCGGUGAUGGUGGAUACAACGUGGCACAGUGCAUGAGGGCUGUGGCAGAACCUAUGCUGGUAAGUCACUUUGGUGAAGACAUCAUUGAAGAGGUUUUCAGCCGCUACCAGCAAAUCUUGGCUGAUCGAAUGUCCAAGGAAAAAACUCAGUUCUUCAAUGUCACUGUCUUAUUGACUAGAAAAGAAUAAGCAAGACUUUGCAUUGCAUCUAUAUGUCUACGCUUUGCUCCUUUCUUUUCUGGCAAUUAUGAGUACCAAAAAUGUUAAGUUGGAAGAUAAUAAAGUUAGAAUUGUGUGGUGUUUGUUAGCAACUUUUUUUUUUUUAAUAUUUGUAGUUCAUUAUGUAAUAAAAAUUAUUCUUGUAAGAUUAUGUUAUGAUUAAUGGUCAAUUAUGCUUCACUGCUGUUAUUCACUCGCCAAA